AUGGUAGGUCCCAUCUUUGACGAGCCGCUUCCGGGCGCCAACAACAUGGCACCACAAAACCACCAAAAACAACCUCAAAGCCAGCACGAGGCCAAUUUGUUUGCACAAGGCGACCAGGGUCUCGGGGAUUUUGGAAUGAACCAGGGAAACCCGGGCAUGGACGGGAAACUGCCGCAGAUGUUCAUGCGGAAUAACGAAAUGAUGGAGGGUAACGGUAACUCGUCGCAAUUGGAUAGACAGAAGCAAGAGCAGCUUUUAAAAAUGAGACAGCAGAUCAUGCACCAGCAGAUGGUCCAGAACCAGCAAAAGGCUCAGCAUCGCCAGCAGCCCGAGUUGGCCGGGGCCCGAAGCCUGUCUGGUAUGAACAGUGAAGGUCAGUUCCAGGGCAACUUUCCUGGGAAUAUGGGCCAGAACGUCGGGCAGAACGUGAAUCAGAACGUGAAUCAGAACUUGAAUCAGAACUUCGGCGGCUUCCCCGGCUCUGGACCCGGCAUGGCGCCUCAGGGAGCCCAGAACAUGCAAUUCAUGGGUAACCAGAUGAACCAGAUGGGUAGAGCUUCGCCUGCCAUGAACCAGCAGAAACCGGGCAACAACCAGGGCUUGGGCCCGAGCUUGGACGGCAAAAUGAGCGCAAACCAGAAUCUCUCGCAAAACGUCAGUCGGGAGAGCUUGGAAGCUCAGGGCCCAAUGGGUUUCCAGAACCAGGCUCCGAAGAACUUCAUGGGCCAGGCUCCAGGAGGUACUCCGGGUGCUGAGAGCUUCCCGGGAAACGCCCAGGGCAACCCCAACGCUCCAAAACUUACACAGUCCCAAUUUGCUCUGUUGCAGUAUGAGCUGUUGCAAAUGACGCUUUCAGACUUCAUGAACCGCCGUGGUACACCCAUCACGCAGCCUCCCAUGGUAAACAACAAGAAGAUCAACUUGCUCAUACUCCACUUGUUGACGAGAAAAAUCGGAGGCGCCCAGGUCGUGCUCAGACACCUCCAGACGUUGAACCAGCCUUCACCGCAAAUCACCGACUGGACUAACUUGUGCAAAAAGUUGGGUCUACUUGAAGGCAUCGAUGUGCUGAGUAACCUAAUGGCCAAGCAACAGAUCGAAAAGCUGGUUGGUACCGUCUAUUUGCAGUAUAUUCUUCCGUAUGAGCAGCACGACCUGACAGAGGAAGGACGCAAGGAGCUCCAAGCCCGUCGUGUGCAAUUCCAGAGACAGCUAUACAUGCGCUUCCAGCAACAGCAGCAACAACUUCAAAGACAGCAGGGUCAACAGCCCCAGAAUCAGGCCGCCAACCAAAACCUACUGCAGAGACCUCAGCAGCUCCAGGAAGAGCAGAUGAAGCAACAAGAGAGAAACCUGCCUAAUGUUAAUCAAUUCCAGGGCCCACCUGCCCAAUCUCCUCACACCGGGUCUAUGCCCACCCCAGGUAUUCCUCAAUCCGGCAGAAUCUCUCAGCCUGUGGAUGUCACCCAGCCAUCGCCCGGUCCUGGUGCUAUGCUGAGAAAGCAGUCGCAAGUUGGCAGGUCGAAUCAAGGCUCGCCUGCUGUUCUUCAAUCUCCCUAUCUUCAACAACAAGGCCUCUCUCGCUCUGGAAGUGUGACGCAGCGCCUGGCCUCAGCCCAGCUGAGAUAUGAAGCUUCUGGAACACCAAGAAGACUGGUGGUUGCUGAGCCAGCGCCUGAAGUCGUCAGCGGUGACCCCAACACUAUCAAGAAAUACGUUCCUGUCAAGGAAAGUACCGAUACCUACGGAGCUGUCACUCUCAAGAGUGUGUCUGAUAUCUCAGCGGAGAUAGAGCUUACAAAGCCGGUGUUCUUGUUUGCGCCAGAAUUGGGCUCCUUGAAUAUCCACGCGCUUACAAUGUCCCUCAAGAACUACUCGGUGACGAACCCAGGUGAGAUUUACUCGGCGUUGAACACAUUGCUUGUGACUACCACCGACGCUAACUGUCAAUUCAAAGUCUCCGAUAGCCCUGAGCUUCUAGAUGCGUUGACUAGUGUGGGUCACAAGGUGUUGAGUCAGGUUACUAAGACGGCUGGAAAGCCCGAGAUGUAUGAGGAUGUGAAGGCUCAGGCUAAAGGCCCAAUAGACUCCAUCUUUGAGAAGUACGUGAAAGCAGGCGAAAUGCAGGGAGAGGAUAUUGUCUACAAUGUCGAUUCCUUGACUGCCGAGUUGGUGGAGGACGAGGACUCAGACAUCGAGGUUGAUGAUGUCUUCUCUCCAGAGCAACAUGAGUCAGAGCUGCCAGAAGUCACCAACGAGUCCACCGAUUACAGUGACUUCAAUGUCCCUGAUUUCCUCACGGGUUUGCUCGCCUUCAGAGAAGAGAAUAAGCACUACUUCAGCAAGAUUCAAACAAAAAGUGCCACCGACGAACAGAUUUUCCUCGUGGAUUUGUUGAUCACGGUGACAAUGACCUUGAGAAACCUCUCCUUCACUGGUGACAGCAGAGCUCUCAUGGCCUCAAACGCUUCAUACCGUGAGUUGAUCUUCAAAACAAUCAAGGCUGUCUUUGUCCACCCAGACUAUUUUGUUUUCCAAAGAAAGAGGUUCUGCUUGCUUAAAGACUCUCUUGUGAUGUUGGACCAGAUCGCAUUCCACAUGGAACUUGGCAACCUUGAAGAGGCAUUUUUGACAUUUUUGCUUGUCAGUGCCUUUGCGCCAAAGCUUAAUGAAUUUGAGGAUCAGCCAGGCAAGAGUUGCUUGAUUCCUGCUGCUCAGAUCGAUGUUCACACGUACUUGCCAUAUGGAGUUGACGCAUUUGCUAAGCUCUUGGUCAGGGAACCAAAAAGCAGAGCUUAUAUUCAAGCCGUGUUGACUGGCUCCCUUAAUGUGAUCUCGUCGUCAGAUCACCCCAGUGCUAGUUCAGUGGUUGUUACUCCUGAGGAUCAUCACGAAGCUAAGAAGAUGGUCAUGGCUUACUUCAAGGGCGAUGAGCAAGCGCUCAAAUCGGGAACGUUGAUUACAAGGGCAUUCAAACUUAUGAUGAGUAUUGUGCCUUUCACAGUGAGCGGUAUCGAAUUCACCAGAUUUGCUUUGCAGCGCUCUUCCACAACCUUACAAGCGCUUUUUGGCGCCAAACUUAUCAUUGAUUUAAUUCCGUCGGAUGAAGUGAACUCACAACUCAACAGGCUCCCCCUUUGGUGGUUAGCCGACAACGUACAGCUGCUCAUGUUUAAUUUUACCAAAAACACUCUCUCGCUUAUCACGGAAUCGGUCAAGUUCCCGAGACAAACCCAAGAGCACAAAAUUCUUUCAUGCGUCGGAACUAGGUCCCUUAAGGUGGUGAACAGCCUUCUUGGGAAUGCCGCAAAUAUCAAGAGAGCGUUAGACGAUGGAGAGAUUCAGGACGCUACGGAGAGGGAAAAUAUUGAGAAUGCUUUGGUCAAGUUGAAGGCACUUUACAGGGUUCAACCAGAGAGUGAAUUCGUUCUUAAUACGCUUUUAGCAGCCUCGAUCGAUCCAGACGUUGCGCAGGAAGUGGUAAGACUUCAUGGAUUACUUGACCAAUUCCAGUAA